AUGAAUAAACAAUGCCCUGGUAUUGGCAGUAAAGAUAGAGGGAAAGCAGAAGCAUGUAAAGGAUGUCCAAAUGCAAAUGCAUGUGCAUCAUCAAAAGAGGACAUAGACAUACUAGUUAUCAAGCGUAAUCUUAAAUCACUUAAAUUAAAAGUAGCAAUAAUGAGUGGUAAAGGAGGUGUAGGAAAGAGUACAAUUACUUACAAUCUAGCAUAUUCACUAGCCAAAAAUAACUUAAGGGUUGUUUUAGUAGAUUUUGAUCUAACAGGACCAAGUAUUCCAAGACUUUCUAAUACAUUUAAUGAGUGUAUUCAAGAAAAAGAGAACAGAUUUGAUCCCAUUAAAGUACCAAAUGUUAAUAAUCUCUAUGUAAUAUCAUCUAAGCAUCUUACUGUGCUUGAAUAUGAUGAAGGAAUUGGAAAUUCAAAACACAAGAACAAGUAUAUUAAAAAGAUUUUAAAAAACUGUAACUUUAAUGACUUUGAUAUUAUGAUAAUUGAUACACCACCUAACAUAACAGAUGAACACUUAGCAUUAGUUCAUUAUAUUGGCAUAGAUUAUUCUAUCUUAGUGACAACACCAAGUAAGUUAACUAUAACUGACUUGAAUAGAACAUUAUCAUUUUGUAAGAAAGCUAAUAUUGAAAUUUAUGGAGUUAUUGAGAAUUUUAAAUCUUUUGAAUGUCCAGAAUGCAAAACCUUGAAUUAUUUAAAAAAAAGUGAAAGAGGUAAAAUUUUUGUAAAGGAAAAUGAAAUAAAGUAUCUGGGAGAGAUACCACAUAUUUGUGAAAUAGCACGUAAUUCAGACCAGGGUGAACCAACAAAAAUUAAGCAAAUUGAACAAAUCUCAAAAAUUAUAAUUGGAGAUUUUUUUAAUUUUAAAAAAUUUUAA